GUCCAUACAGCUGUCAGCAGCUCAAAACAUUUCCUUUUCAGCUACGACUUCUCAAGCGCAAAAAAUAGACAAGAUGGAGUCCCUCGAAACUGCUCUCCGCAGCAUCCUCACACCGAUCACUCGCAACCUCCCCAAACCCAUCAGCGAUGCAGCAACUCAACUCCUCGGCGACAGCUGCUACCGCAGUCUAGUUCACGACCUCACAAUAACCGACUCGGUCUGCCUCAAGCUCGCCAUCUCCAAAGCCCUGGGCAUCGCCAUCAUCGCCGCAAGCAGCAUAGUAAAAAUCCCUCAACUCAUCAAGCUCAUCAACAGCCAAUCCGCCUCCGGCAUAAGCUUCCUCUCAUACCUCCUCGAGACCGUCAGCUACCUCGUCACACUGGUCUACAAUGUCCGCAACCAGUUCCCGUUCAGCACGUAUGGCGAGACGGCGUUGAUCGCUGUGCAGAAUGUGGCGAUCAGUAUUCUGGUCUUGCAGUUUUCGGGACAAGGGCCUAUGGCUGCGGUUUUCAUUGCUGGAUUGGCGGCUGCGGGGUAUGCGUUGUAUAACGAAGGGGUUGUGAGCCUGGAGAUGUUGCAGUAUUUCCAGGCUGGAGCUGGAUUGUUGGGUGUUGCGAGCAAGUUGCCGCAGAUCAUCACAAUCUUCCGUGAGGGUGGGACAGGGCAAUUGAGUGCUUUUGCGAUCUUCAACUACUUGGCUGGAUCGUUGGCUCGCAUCUUCACUACGUUGCAGGAGGUGGACGAUAAGCUGAUCUUGUACGGGUUCCUGGCUGGGUUCUCCUUGAAUCUAGUGCUUGCUCUGCAAAUGGUCUACUACUGGAACGGCUCGAGCACCAAACAGAAGAAGCUUGAUCCAAGGAGAGAAGGAGCUCCAAGCUAUGCCAAUGUCGUCAAGGCGAGUGGCAGUGAAAAGUCGAAGAAGUCGCCCUCAACCAGGAGACGAGGAUAGAUCGCGCUCGAAAACAAUUUCGAUAAC